GUUGAUCUGUCCCCGCACAGUCCCCCGCGCUUUCAAGCAGUGAAGCAUGGAGGUCUUUUUAAGACAUUCGUCUUGCUCUUCUCUUUCUUGAUCCCUUGUCUCACCCAACCCGUCUUUUGGACCUGGUUCUGCACCGACUGGAUAUCAACCAUCAGGCCUGGGACCAGAGCAGAAGAUCUGGACGUCAGUCCCGUCCAUCUCGUUAUCAACUGCUGUCAACAUCACUCAACCAUUUCCUCGACAUCUUCCUCCAGGCACUGUCACCAUGGUUUACCUCUGCUAUACGUGCGACCAGUCGUUCUACGAUGAGGAGGAUCUCCAAGACCAUCUGGAUGACUACGACCAUGCGGCUGCGCACGACUACGUGAGGUACGGUUGUGAUACUUGCCUCGCAACCUUCAACAGCGAUGCUGCUCGCUGGCAGCACAUGAACGCCAAGGGUCAUGUUGGCCAUGAGUGCCGUGUCUGCGACAACCAGUAUCGCAGCGAGAAGGAGCUUAUCAACCACGAGGUCGAGUACCACAACUAUUGCGCCGAUUGUGACAAGUCCUUCCAGAACACAAACAACAUCAAGCAGCACCUCAACUCCCGCAUCCACCGCGGCCAAAACAUCGACUGCCCCUUCUGCCGCAACUGCUUCACUACCGUGGCCGGCCUGACCACCCACUUAGAGACUAGCGGCUGCCGCAGCGCUCCGUCUCUGAACCGUGACAGCAUCUUCCAGAUUAACCUGAUCGGCUGGCACGGUGGCGAGUCUAAACCGAACCGCUACAGCUGCACUGACGGCGCCUGGAACGGCUCCGGCUGGGCGUGCGGUCUUUGCUCCAACAGGGUGUGCAGGUCCAGGGCGGACUUGGAUAAACAUCUUAAUUCGCCUGCUCACUACACCGUCCUUUACCACUGUCCCAACCGCAACUGCAGCUCCGAAUUCAAGACGUUGGCUUCUAUCAUCAGCCACUUGGAGAGCGAGUCGUGCAGUUUCAUGCGGUUUGAUGCUGUUCAGCAGCGCAUGAAGCAGGUGGUUACCAGCAAGAAUAUGAUCGAGUUUUGAGUGGCUUGGUCAUUCAGCAUAGGUAGCGCACCUUUUUUUUUUUUUUU